AUGUCCAUGGUGGCCCAACCCAUCGUCCUCUCCGCCCGCGAUAUCCAAAACAUGCCCGAGGAGGGCUUCUUGGACGGAUCGACAGGCGGCAAUGUUACCUGGAAGACGCUGCUGUCGUCGUCGAGAACCUCCAGCGACACCUUGACGUCUGGGCUUGCGAGAUGCGCCGCCAAGGGAGGCCAAUUGAAGUGUCAUCGGCAUGCGCAUGCGGAGAUCUACCACGUUGUACAAGGCCAUGGUACUGUGACCAUCGACGGAAAACAGCAAGAGGUUGGGAAGGGCGACGUUGUUUUCAUUCCAGGGAACUCGGAGCAUGGCAUAAGAAACGACCAUCAAGAAGAGGAUUUGGUGUGGCUGUAUGUUUUUGCGGCGGAUAAGUUCGAGGACGUGGUGUAUCGUUUUAGUGAGGACGCGACCAAGGCGAAGCUUUAG